UCUAUUGUUUCUUUGUUUGGUUUGGAUACAUUCGUGUAUGAAAACUGAGGCGUGUCAAGGCUAUGGAGAAUUUACUUCAUAAAUGGGAUUGUUGUUCCUCUUCUCAUCAAACUCCUCUUGCAUUCAAAGGCAAUCAGAAGCAGAUUGGACAGGCUCAGAGAGAAGUGUACACACAUUUUGUGUCACUUCCAUUAGCCAUAUACCCUGAGUUGAAGAAAAAUAUUGAGGCUUUUCAGAACUCUGUAUUGGGUAACGAUGAUAAGAAUCCAUUGACGUUUCAGAGUACUUUAGCUGAAAUGGGAAUCGAAAAAUCGAUCUUUGUUUCGCCCAAAACUUUCCAUUUGACUGUGGUUAUGUUAAAGUUAGAGAACAAUGAAUCUGUGGUUAAAGCUCAGAAUAUCCUUAAGAGUCUUUGUUCUAAUGUGAGGCAAGCUUUGAAGGACCGACCUGUCUUCAUAAGACUCAGGGGAUUGGAUUGUAUGAAUGGAUCUUUAGACAAAACCCGCGUUCUCUAUGUUCCUGUUGAAGAAGUUGGGCAUGAAGGUCGCCUGCUAAAUGCUUGUCAUGUUAUCAUUGAUGCAUUUGAGAAUGCUGGAUUUGCUGGUAAAGACGCAAAGUCACGCUUGAAGCUACACGCCACAGUAAUGAAUGCAAGCUACAGAAAAGAUAAAAGCAAAAAGAUGGAUACUUUUGAUGCUCGAGAGAUACACAAAGAGUUUGAGAACAAGGAUUGGGGAACAUAUCUAAUCAGAGAAGCUCAUAUCUCACAACGCUAUAAGUAUGACCCCAAUGGCUACUUCCAUUGCUGUGCUUCACUACCUUUUCCUCAUAAGUGACAGUGAAAACAAUCAAAUAUAUCUCCUCCACAAGCUAUAGCAUAGCUAGAAAGCUAGUGGUGAGCAAGACGACCAAGCUAAUAGAGUUAACACAAGUGU